UCGAAAUUAGUUAUUAUUUUUGGAACAUAUAUACCUAGAAGCCAGAAUAAUGACUUGUGUUAAUGUUGGAACUAUCAUCUGGGUAUUGUUAUGCAACACCUUGCUAGGGUCUUCACUUGGAGCUCCAACCUCUAAAUACAUUAAUGUUGUUAAUUUUGGGGCAAAAGCAGGUGGAAAAAUUGACUCCACUGAACCAUUUAUAAAGGCUUGGCAAUCAGCAUGUACUAGCCUUAGUCCUGCCAUUGUUUAUGUGCCAAAAGGGAGGUAUUUGCUGAGAGCUGCAAAUUUCCGAGGUCCAUGCAAGAGGAAUGUCACAUUCCUCAUUGAUGGAACUCUUGUGGCUCCUGAAGAUUACCGGGAAAUUGGAAACUCGGGAUCUUGGAUUUUGUUCAAUCAUGUGGAGAAUCUCACUAUUUCUGGUGGGAACUUGGAUGCUAAAGGUGCUGCCUUUUGGAAUUGUAGGAGGUCCGGGAAGACCUGCCCGGUUGGAGCAAGGACAAUGACAUUCAACUGGGUGAACAACCUGGUGGUUAGUGGCAUUAAAUCAAUCAACAGCCAGCUAAGUCAUCUUGUGAUCAACACCUGCAACAAUGUUCUUGUGAAAAAUGUGAGGCUUAUUGCACCAGACCAGAGCCCUAACACUGAUGGCAUUCAUGUUGAACGCUCAACAGGGGUUACCAUUAACGGUUGUACCAUGAAAACUGGCGAUGACUGCAUAUCCAUUGGUGAUGGCACCUACAAUCUAUUCAUGUCCAACAUAAAAUGUGGCCCCGGCCAUGGCGUAAGCAUUGGAAGUUUGGGAAAAGAAAUUGAUGAAAAAGGUGUUAGAAAUGUGACUCUAGUGAAUUCCAUUUUCUUUGGAUCGGACAAUGGGGUGAGGAUAAAGGCUUGGGCUAGACCAAGCAACGGGUUCGUUAGUAACGUUCUCUUCCAAAACAUCUCCAUGAACAACGUUGAAAAUCCCAUCAUCAUUGAUCAGAAUUACUGCCCCAAUAAUCAAGGUUGUCCUCACCAGACUUCAGGAAUCAAGAUUAGCCAAGUUACUUAUAAGAACAUAACUGGAAGUUCAGCAACAGCAGAGGCAGUAACAUUUGAUUGCAGCCCAAGUAAUCCAUGCCAAGGGAUCACAUUGGAGGAUAUAAACCUAACCUACAGCAAAAAAACUGUAACAUCAUCGUGUCACAACGUUGGGGGUACAAGUAGUGGAACAUUGGUACCAGAAAGUUGUUUGUAAAUGAAUAGAGUAAAUACAUUUAUUAAUAUCUUAACAUAAGACACAUUUAAUUAAUAUAAUUUUCAUGUAUUAAAGAGGACUAUUACUCUAUUAGGAAAUUAUUCAAAAGGAAAUGUUUCAGCUCAAUCUUGAAAUACAGUUUACGGUUCCCAUGGGCCAUGAAUUCAGUCUAUCCCAGUAACCAUGUAACAUAAAACAGUAACAUUUUAGAAAGACAGUUGUUAUUCUGUUUUUUGCUGCAGAACGUAAUUAUAAAAAGUAAUGAGGCAGAAUGGCAUAAUAACCCCAUAAUAAUAUUCAGCUAGGCUAUCUUAGGUUCAUAGGAUAACCAUCUAGAACACCAAUGGAGAUCUUCCAGAUAAUUAAUGUAUAAGCAUACAAGCAAGCCCUAGAAU